UGUUCUGUUUUCUAGUCUCUGGAGCAGCAGAAAACAAGCUUGCUCCCUCCUCAAUAUGACAUCCUUCAAAUAUCUGACUGCAUUCAGUCAGGGAGGACACAGGGCCUGAGCAGCAGAGGAUUUGAUUUGUGUACAUAUUCCAGAAUCUGAAAUACAAAACAUUUCUGGUCCCAGGUAUUUUGGAUAAGGGAGACUCAGCCUCUGUGUGUUUGCAGAAGGGAUGCCCAUCAUUUCCAUGCAGGGUGACCAGCAGCCCUAACCACAAAGGAAGACAAAGCACUGCAGAAUGUAGGACAUUACAAAGGAAAAACCAAAACCUCUAAUAUAUAAAUAACCAUGCUUCUUAGUCAUGCUCAAAAUGGAGGUCAUUUUGGAAUUCCUCUUGGACAGAAGGUUGAAAUGUAGGGCGUGUUAUGGGAACGGAGGACCUCUGGGAACUUGUUUGUGAUGUAUUGUGUUUAGUCAUGCGUUGGGUGAUCCUGCGGAUGAGGCAGUUUUAUUCAACAGUAUACCACAUGAAUAAAUUAAUCCUUUGGUCAGAACUACCCAGAGGAAGCUGAUGGCACAUUGGACUGUAUUAGUAUGGCCCUUACAUGUACUUUUAACAGGUGGGGCACUCUCUUAGCGGUGGGUUGUAAUGAUGGUCGAAUUGUCAUCUGGGACUUCUUGACAAGGGGCAUAGCAAAAAUCAUCAGUGCCCAUAUCCAUCCAGUCUGUUCUUUAUGCUGGAGUAGAGAUGGUCACAAAUUGGUUAGCGCAUCAACUGAUAAUAUGGUAUCUCAGUGGGAUGUUCUUACAGGUGAUUGUGACCAGAGAUUUCGUUUCCCUUCACCUAUCCUGAAAGUCCAGUAUCAUCCUCGAGAUCAGAACAAGGUCUUGGUAUGCCCAAUGAAGUCUGCCCCAGUCAUGCUAACAUUGUCUGAUUCAAAACAUGUUGUCCUACCAGUGGAUGAUGAUUCUGAUCUGAAUGUGGUGGCUUCUUUUGACCGGCGAGGAGAAUAUAUCUAUACAGGAAAUGCUAAAGGCAAGAUCUUGGUCUUAAAGACAGACACUCAAGACCUUGUUGCUUCAUUCAGAGUAACAACAGGAACUAGCAACACCACAGCUAUUAAAUCUAUAGAGUUUGCUCGAAAAGGAAGUUGCUUCCUAAUAAAUACUGCUGAUCGUAUAAUCAGAGUUUAUGAUGGUCGGGAAAUCUUGACCUGUGGUAGAGAUGGAGAACCAGAACCAAUGCAGAAACUACAGGACUUGGUGAACAGGACACCUUGGAAGAAAUGCUGUUUCUCUGGUGAUGGAGAGUAUAUUGUUGCAGGGUCAGCACGUCAGCAUGCUUUGUAUAUCUGGGAGAAGAGUAUUGGAAACCUAGUGAAAAUUCUUCAUGGCACUAGGGGGGAACUGCUGCUAGAUGUAGCAUGGCAUCCUGUCCGGCCUAUCAUCGCUUCCAUUUCCAGUGGUGUGGUCUCCAUCUGGGCUCAAAAUCAAGUGGAAAACUGGAGUGCUUUUGCACCUGAUUUUAAAGAACUGGAUGAAAAUGUUGAGUACGAGGAACGUGAGUCUGAAUUUGACAUAGAAGAUGAAGAUAAGAGUGAGCCGGAGCAGACAGGUGCUGAUGCGGCAGAAGAUGAAGAAGUGGAUGUAACCAGUGUAGAUCCUAUUGCUGCUUUUUGUAGCAGUGAUGAAGAACUGGAAGAUUCCAAAGCAUUAUUGUAUUUGCCUAUUGCUCCUGAAGUGGAAGAUCCUGAAGAAAAUCCAUAUGGCCCACCACCAGAUGCAAUCCAGACUGCAUUACCUGAUGACGGGUUAGGCUGUGAGAAGAAGAGGCAGUCCUUGUCUGAUGGACCUCAGCCCCCGAAGAAGAAACCCAAAACAACAAACAUAGAACUGCAGGGAGUUCCCAAUGAUGAAGUCCAUCCACUGCUGGGAGUCAAGGGAGAUGGUAAAUCCAAGAAGAAGCAAGCAGGCAGGCCUAAAGGAUCAAAAGGUAAAGAGAAAGAUUCUCCAUUUAAACCGAAACUCUACAAAGGGGACAGAGGUUCUUUACCUCUGGAAGGAGCAGCGAAGGGUAAAGUGCAGGCGGAGCUGGGACAGCCUUUGCCAGCAGGUGGUGGGAUCUCAGAGCUGCUAUGAAGAUACCCUGCCCUCUUCCCCUCCCACAUUUACCCUUAUUUCCUGCAGUGGUAUCAUAAUAUGGAAUAAGGACAAAAUAUUCAGUCAGAUAAUGGACUGACUUUAAGUUAAUAUGGUAAGGACAAGUGACCUGGCUGCCUAUGGACACAGGAAUCAGUUUUUUAAAAGAAGCAAAAUUAUGGAAGAGGAAUUUUUUUUUCUCCCUGAUCUUUUUUCUUGUGAACAGUGAAGGAACAUGGAAAGUGGAUUUGUACAGAAUCUACGGGAAGGAAACUGUUUUUUGCUUAUUAAGCCACUUAAAGUUCCCAAACAUAUGAAGGGUUCUUUCAGAGGAUAAGACCCCUUCCUUCAAGUUGAGGCCUUCUAAGAGUUUCUGAACACUAAUGACCUGUCAUGCUGUUGUGGAUCUUGGCACAUUGCUAAUGGAUUGUUUCUAAUUGAAAAAAUUACUUGAUGCGUCAUUUUAUUUUCUCUGUUAUCCACUUUGGCUUGCAGUGGGUUUGUAGGCAUGCUGUUAAAGCUUAGUUUUCCAUUGUAUAGCUUUCCAAGUUGACCUACUUUUUGAAGGUUUGGAAUGGACACAUGGAGUCUCAAUCAGCCCAGAGGAUGACAAGGUUAUAAAGGUGUUACAAGAAAUCAGUGCUGAUUACAAGAACAAAGGAAAGAGUAAGAGCAGCAGCCAUUUAUGUAGAUAAAAGAAACAGAAUGAUAUGGAGCAACACAUCUGCUCAUUAUACUCCCAAGGUUCAUUCAUAGCCCAGAGAUGCUUGUUCUCCUUUCUACCACUUCAGAACAUGCAAGAAGAAUGAGCAUCUUCUUAGAGGUGAUAAAUACACUUCAGACAGAACAUGAAACCAUAAUGAGGGAAAGUUUGUGCUUUUACUCUGUGUCCUGUCUAAAGCUAUCCAGAGAUUUGGGUUUUGUUGCUGGGCAUAAUGUUUGAAAAGGUUGCUUUCGUAUUUCUGUGCAUGUAUAUUUUCAAUCCAAAUUCAUAUUAAUCUCUGAACUCAAAGAGGGAUUUUUUUGUUUUUUGAUUUGCUUUAGUGAUUUAGUUUACAGGAAGGCCUGCCCUGUAGAGUUUUUCUUCUUUGAGUUGGUCCUUAUAUUAUGUAGUAUAAUUUAUGACAUCUCUAACUUUGAUAGCUUCCAUGCAACCUUUCUGUGUACAGUUCUGCCACUUAAGCCUACCAGUCUAUCCAAAGAAUGGAAGAUGCUCGGGGCAAAUUGUCCUAUGCCUUUUUGUGGUAUUAUGGAUUCCUGCCUUAUUCUGCAAGUUUUUCCCAUUCAGUAUCCAUGGUUUAUUUUCUUUCAGUUCUUAACAUUCUUUUGUUUCUCCAGACAUAAUGACUGCUUGUUAGUUUUCUGUAAAGUACUGCUGUGAUACUAGCUUAUGUGUUUGUAAAUAAAGAGGUAUGUUUAUUUCUUA